CCACAAUCCUCCAAAACAAUGUGUUGUUUUCUUUCGCAAAUGACAUAUCUCGUGUAUUAUCACGAGUACAUUCUAGUUAAAUUAAAAUUAACAUACUAAUAGUAAUUUUGUCAUGUAUUUGGUACUUUGUACAAAGUAUUAUUUUAAGAAUCAUGGGAAAAAAAUUCUAGUUUUGAAAAAAAAAAAAAAAAAAAAAAGUCUUAUUUGUGCUUUUCUUUUGGAGCUCAUUUCUUUUACGCUUGCAAACUUCUCUCCUCCACGGCUCCACCUCCAUUGAACCGUACUCGGAAUCCUCCAUUGAAGCGGCUUCUGAGCUUUCUCUCCUCGAUUGAACUGGCCUCUCCGCUUUCUUUUCUCCAUUGAAGCAACUUUUGAGGCCUUUGAUUAUAACGCUUUAAUGUUAGAACGGAACUCUGAAAAUGUACCUGAGCCCAGGGCAGGCGCCACUCCUGCCCCGGCUCAGGGACGGGCCUUCGCCGAAGAGGCGAAGGAUCCAUUGAGAGAUGUGGAGUGGAAAAACAUGAGUACUACAAAUGAUAAAGUGGAAAAUGGCCAACCAAUUACGAAAAAACGGCUUCCGAAGAAAAUUAGGCAGAUCCCAGAAUGUUAUUUCCUUCCCAGGAAAUCUAUACCCUCUGCAAUUGCAUUUUAUGGAUCCUUUAUUGUAGCUGGAGUUGGUGCUGGCAUGCUUUGGGAAGUUUGGAUCAACAAGAAAGUUAAAGAGGAUGGGGGUAUUAUCUGGGAGUUCAACAAAUGAAGCACUACGGAAUCCAUUGUCUCCAUCACAUUUAUGUAGGCCUUUUCUUUAUCUAGCUGAAUGGUUCCUAACUCUGAAGGGGUUGUGCAUAAAUUUUGUAAGACUUUGCUUUGAAAAGGCUUUUUUUUUUUUGUUUUCUUUCAUUCUAUUUGCUGAUUGAUUUCUUGUAUGACUCACACUGCCUAGUUGAUGAAGGUUUGGUCGAUAUAAAGUGUUGUAGACAUUUUAGUUCAAUGGCUAUGAUAAGGAGAGCAUAAUUGUAUGACUGCCAUGCUUGAUGCAUUAAUGCAGAAACAGAGCUCAUGUGCUUGUACUGA